ACGCAAUAUAUAUGACAAAGUGAGAAACAGAGAAAGUGAGUGAAUAAUAAUGGCGUUCACCUUAUCAGAGAUAGCAGUAGCAAUAUUAGUGGUGGCAACUACGACUGUAGCAUGGAGAGUUCUUAACUGGGUCUGGUUCAGGCCAAAAAAAUUCGAAAAACACCUGAAAAAACAAGGCUUUCAUGGCAAUUCGUAUCGCUUUCUGUAUGGAGAUACCAAGGAACACAUGUCUAUGUUAAUGGCAACAAGAUCAGAACCCAUUCCCAUCUCUCAUGAUGUUCCUUCUCGCACCGCUCCCUUUCUAUGCAAGCUCGUCCGCGAAUAUGGUAAAAGAACCUUUUUCUGGCUUGGACCAGUACCAAGGAUAUCUAUUAUGAAUCCGGAAAUGGUAAAAGAGGUUCUAAAUCAUAAUUUUGACUAUCCAAAAACUAAGUUACACCCAAUUUUUAAGAUGUUUGUACAAGGCCUCCCAUCAAUUGACGGAGGUAAGUGGACUACACACAGAAGACUUCUCAAUCCUGCUUUCCAUACUGAAAAGUUGAAGGGUAUGCUACCAGCAUUUGAUUUGUGUUGUCAUGAGAUGACUAUAAAAUGGAUGGAAAUGAUCGGAGAGGAGAGAAAUUCAUGUGAGAUAGAUGUUUGGCCUUCCCUUCAAACAUUAACGAGUGAUGUCAUUUCGCGUACGGCAUUUGGUAGUAGCUAUCAAGAGGGACAAAAAGUAUUUGAAUUACAAACUGAACAAGCUGACCACGCGUUUAAGGCCGUGCAGUCAGUUUACCUACCUGGAUCAAGGUAUUUACCAACUAAGAGGAACAAGAGGAUGAAGGAAAUAGACAAAGAAGUGCGAUUUUUACUAGGAGGUAUUAUUGAUAAAAAGAUGAAAGCCAUGAAAGCAGGAGAGGAUGGCACAAAUGACUUGUUGGGAAUAUUGUUGGAAGCCAACUCUAAAGAACUCGGACAGGGUAACAGAAAUGUUGGAAUGAGUAUUGAUGACGUAAUUGAAGAAUGCAAGGUGUUCUAUGUUGCUGGCCAAGAGACCACCUCAAUUUUGCUUGUGUGGACAUUGGUCUUAUUGAGUAUGUAUCCGGAUUGGCAAGAUCGGGCUAGAAAAGAGGUUUUGCAAGUAAUUGGUGAUGACAAGGCCGAUAUGAGUCAUCUUAAUCAUUUGAAAAUAGUGACUAUGAUUCUGUACGAGGUUCUGAGAUUAUAUCCACCAGCUUCUGCGCUAAUUCGACAGAUAAACAAGGAAAUUACUUUGGCAGAUAUCACCUUACUACCAGGAAUGCAAAUUGUGUUGCCGAUAAGUCAAAUUCAUCAUGAUCAUGAUAUUUGGGGGGCUGAUGCAGAAGAGUUUAAACCUGAAAGAUUCUCAGAAGGCGUUUCAAAAGCCACAAACAAUCAUGUAGCUGCAUUUUUUCCGUUUGGUGGGGGGCCAAGGAUCUGCAUUGGUCAAAACUUUGCUUUACUGGAAGCAAAACUAGCCAUGGCGACGAUCUUAAGAAAGUUCUCCUUUGAGCUUUCACCUUCCUAUAAGCAUGCCCCUGUCAAUAAACUUACUCUUCAGCCCGAAUAUGGUGCUAGCUUGAUUUUACACAAGCUAUAAUUGGUGCUUACAAAUAUCCAGAUUGCCAUGCAUGAUGCAAAGUAUGCGAGAUAUAUGUUUGAUAAGAAUUGCCACCUUUAAUAUAUAUAUCAUAAAUAUGAUGUUGAAGACUUAUAUUAUACUGCUAAGUUUGAGUUCAUUUUAUGAGUUGAUGUCUUUGAUUCUUA